AUGAAAUGCCUUUGCCUUGGCACUUGGCACCAGAUCUUUCAGACUCGAGCGCUUGCCAAAAUGGUUCGCAAGUGCCAACUCGGUCCGAGACGGUGGCAGAUGCCUAGGCAUCCAGUUUGCAAUGUCUCAGAGAAGUCCAAAGAUGACUUGGGCCUUCUCCUGGCGGUGCGGGACAGCGCGCGUUUCUCUCACCGCUGGCUUUUCCACGGAGAGCAGCUGCCUCAUCGAAGUGCAGCGCCAUGCAGUGCGGUCAAAUCCGAGCCCAGAGCCAUGGUAGCGGUCGGGCUACAUGUGUCCUUCGUCUAUGACCUUGGUUGA